AUGAUACGUCAGCUCCACGAUGAGAUGAUAGCGAGCGUUACUGUCAAUAGGACCGUCUCAGAAUCACUUGCAGUAACUAAUGGAGUGAAGCAGGGCUGCGUAAUCGCCCCUACCCGAUUCAUUCUUAUGCUUCUGCCAUGCUGGUGGACGCCUACCGAGAUACGCAUCGCCUACAGGCCCUAUGCCCAUCUUCUCAAAAGCCGGCGCCUACAGGUCUUAACGGCUACUGUCCGCGACCUGCUCUUUGCAGACGACAGUGCUCUCAACACCGCGACGGACACUGACAUGCAACGGAGCAUUUGCCUCUUUGCCCCCGCCUGCGCCAAAUUCUGGCUAACCAUCAACACGGACAAGACUGUGGUCAUCCAUCAAGCAAUACCCAACGCUGCACGUAGUGUCUCUCGCAUCUACGUUAACAGCACCAAACUGAACACCGUGGACAAUUUCGCCUGCGUCGGCAGCAUACUCUCCUGCUGCCUCGAAAUCGAUGACGAAGUGGCUUACCGGAUCUUGAAAGCCAGCCAAUCCUUCAACAGGCUGAAGUAA